AAACAAAAAUGGAUUUCAUUGUAAAGGUAUUCUUAUUAGUGACGAUGUUAUAUACUAACGAACUCGGCGCUGCUCCAAGAAAGCCGAGAUUGAGUUUAGCAGCGCAAAAUCCAAGCUAUUAUUACUCAGACGUCGACGGUAUACUAGGGACCUACUCAUUUGGUUACGAUGUAUUGGAUCCAGAGACUGGAAACACUCAGUUUAGGACUGAGGAAAGAUAUCCGAAUGGUACCGUCGUGGGAAGCUACGGAUAUAUUGACUCACGCGGCAGAUCACGGCGAUUUGAUUAUAUAGCUGAUGAGCAUGGAUACAGAGUAUCAAACGAAGGAGCGGUAAAUGAAAAAUAUGUACAAAUACCAGCUGAUAUCAGAAGUACAUCGACAGAAUCAUCGGUCUCAUGGAGCAGGCCGGGAAGAGUUAAUAAGAAAAAACCUUUGAAAAUACCAUCGAAUGUUCUCGAAGCGCCACGUUUUACUUGA